AUGGGCAAGCUCUCUUUUCUUUCUCUUGCGCUCCUCGCAGCCCAGUCCGUCUUCGUCAAUGGCCAGGGAUCUGCCGGGACUGAGGAAAACACCGAGGCUCCAGCCAAUGUACCCAAGCUGGGAGUAACAGUAUCAACGACAUUCCCCAAUGCCGAGGUGUUCGGGGUCAAGCUUGUCAACGGCCAGCCCACCGAGGCGCUUCUCCAAUUUACCAACCCAGAUCCUGAAACCGUAACCGUCAGCGUUAUUGGAGGAUCCCUUUGGACAAUUGAAGCUCCAGGAAAGCUCCCCGUUAACGUCCGAAACCUUACUGCAACUCCAUAUGGCAUGGACAUCCCCGCUGGAGAUCAAAUCACUCUCCCUUAUGUCUUCACCAACGACAUGCACCCUCAAGAUUUGACAUUGAACCUUGCUGCCGUGAUCAGCGAUAGCAAAGGAAUUAUGCAUCCGAUCACUGCUUACAACGGCACUGUUAGUGUUGUAGAGCAGGACACCAGCAUUUUUGACCCUCAAGUCCUCUUCCUCUAUCUCUUCCUUCUGGCCUGCGCAGCAGGCUCUGUCUACUUCUUCUACACUCUCUGGAUUGCACCCUACCUCCCUCAGAAGCGCAAGGGUGGGAAGGGAUCUGAUCGUGCCCGAAAGUCAGCCGGCGUUUCUUCUUCUGUCGACGCUACAGAUCCGGCUUCCACCGAAGGAACUCCUUCGACAAAGACUUACGAUACUGAGUGGAUUCCAGCCCAUCACAUCAACAGACCUGAAGCACGAAAGGUCAAGUCUAGCGGAAGCCGUGCGAAACGAGCUUAG